AGCUUAUUGGCCAGCGCCGCGGGGCCGCAGUCCAUCAGGGUGUGAGGGCUGUGUCAGACACCCCGGCUGCCAUGGCGUCCUAUUUUGAUGAACACGACUGCGAGCCGUUGGAUUCCGAGCAGGAGGCUCGAACCAAUAUGCUGCUGGAGCUCGCAAGGUCACUUUUCAAUAGGAUGGACUUUGAAGACUUUGGGUUGGUAGUAGAUUGGGAUCACCACCUGCCUCCACCCGCUGCCAAGACUGUGGUUGAGAACCUUCCCAGGACAGUCAUCAGGGGCUCUCAGGCUGAGCUCAAGUGCCCCGUGUGUCUUUUGGAAUUUGAGGAGGAGGAGACUGCCAUUGAGAUGCCUUGCCAUCACAUCUUCCAUUCCAACUGCAUUCUACCAUGGCUAAGCAAGACAAAUUCCUGCCCCCUGUGCCGCCAUGAGCUGCCCACUGAUGAUGAUACUUAUGAGGAACACAGACGAGAUAAGGCUCGCAAGCAGCAGCAAAAGCACCGACUUGAGAACCUUCACGGAGCCAUGUACACAUGAGCUGCCUGGGGCUGACCACCCAUCCUUCACAUCUUCCUCUUGUACCUUGAAUCCUCAUUAAAGAUUUCUUUACCCA